AUGUCGAUUAUUGGCACCACCGAGCUACGCAGUACAGAUCGGAGAGAAAUGGGUGGCGCACAGAAGCCGAGCGAGGUCAAAGAGAGGAAGCACGAAGAGAUCCUAGUCGUAGAGAACGCCCAGCUGAAGCCGCUACUCGAGACUCGGCGACAGAAGCUGCAGGACGCCCAGCGGUUCAUGGGUACAGUGAACGCCUUCGCGGAGAGCGAGGUGGUUCAGGAGGAUACGACACUCGGCGCAGGAGACGAAGUGAUACGUGCAUUGGGUCGUCAUUUCCUCGCCGUGCUCAAAUCCACAGAUACACGGGGAGAGACGAUCCUAUUAGAGAUCGCCACGCAGGUUGCUGCUACGAACUUCCUCGCCCAGAUCAUCUCCACAUGGACGAACGACUCUGAGAGCGACAACACCUUGACAUCCGUCUAUGAGAGAAUCAGGAAAUCGGAGAAUCAAAGCGUAGCGGGCCAAUGGCGUGCUUUGACGCGAAAGUUCGCACAAGCCAAGCAUGUCGACGCGCAGCAGCUGGACGACAGCUGCAACAGAGAGCGCAUCAAAUUAUGA